AUGUCGCCCCACAGGGAGACUGCCCCCGUCGAAGAAGGCGUCGAUGACUUCACGAGCGCACUCAACUCGUGCCUCGUUGACGCGCCUACAGUUAACAGAUACGAAAUGCAUCAACAUACCUUCAUUGACCCUAUCGAAGAGCUGGACCGCGCUUGUGAUGUUUUCGGAGGCUGGACCGAUUAUGUUUACGGUCCACGCGAGGAGAUCGUCAACGCCAGUCCGGACGAUAUAUCAGCCCAUAACCAGAGCGUACCUACACAGGAGCCGGACAAUGCAUUACCUGCAAGGAGUCCGAUUGCAGCGCCUGCCACAAUGGGCUAUCUGACACAUCCGCCGGCUGUGAUCGCGGGAGCUCGACCCACUAUCCAGCAGCGCAGUCAAGUUCACAUACCCAAUAUUCCGGCCACACCCGAUCCCUCUGAGUCGAGCAGUCCUACCAGCCACAAUGGAGGAGAUUUGUGUCUCUAUACGUUUGCCAGAGCUCAAAGUCCAGAACUAUCUGUGGGACACGAUCGACUGUCGCCUCUAAGGACGGCUACCCCUGUGGGGUUUCGAACCAGUUCGCACUGGCACCAAGGUCAAGCAAAGGUUCAAGCUCCAGGAGUCUUUGGGGCAAACCGGCAGCUCGGUCAAUGUAGGGCAUGCAACAUGCGUUCCACGGAACAACUAACCAGUCUACCGACAACAGGAGCCUACCCUAUGGCAAGCAUUCAAACUGGUCGAGGGAUUGCAUCAAACGGUCAUAUCGUUCACCCUCAUACCAGUCUACCAGCUUCAGCACCCUACUUUACACCGACCUCCCCGUCGCAGGCGAGUCAGGGAACGCUAUCUAGCAGUACGAUCACGGAGGGGGGGAGCCCGCGACAAAAACAACCCAUAGCAACUCGCGAUUUUACCCCGACGUAUACGUACCAGUUCCCCGCUCUCGAACAGCAGGCCAAUCCCGUGAAUACUGCAACCACCAAGCCCUACGCACCUGCGCAAACAUUGGGCCCACAAGGGACGCACAUCCGUUCCAUCGCGCGACAUCCAAACUCGAGGAGAGUGGUGGGGCCAGCGCCUUCCUGUGCUCCAGACUUCAGUCUUCCACUAGACCAGCGCCCAAUACCCGACUAUUUGGAGCUCAUCCAAUCCAAUCUCAUUCAGAUACAUGAAUUGCGGCUUCCCCAAUAUAGCUGGAUGGACCGCACCAUGCCGCAGUUCAAGGCUCAGGCGAUGGACAAUUUUGAACGACAUGGAGCGAGGAACUGUGAGGGACUAUGUCCGGAGGCGGGCUCGGGCACUGCGCGAGAAGCAGCAGAGGCAGCAAGGACACGAGUAACGGGCGUGAAGGGAGUAGCAAAUGCGGCAGCAGUAUACGCAACCGGAGCUACGAUGGCCCCGAAGAAGUGGAUCAUGCCAGCUCAUGAAGUGGGUUAUGCCCUUGUCGAUUCCUGUGGCCUCGAAUGUGGACGAGAAGUUAGUAUGUAACCAUUCCGCUUAGGCGAACAUCCAACCCUAGGGUACGCCUGAAGAGUUCAGGGUUGUUGUGAUAUUAUGUGUAUUGGUCCUUGAUUCACAACUCUUU